AUGUCCUCGAAAUCUAUACACAACCCAAAAACGACAGAAUAUGAGUUUUUGGGACCAAUUGGAGCUUUCUUAAUGAUGACAGUACUUCCGGUCUUAGUAAAUUUAUUACAUCUAGGUUGUCAACCUGAAGGGUGUCCAACUGUUUCAUUGAUUGAACAACUCUUGAAUCCACAACAACUCGUGCAAUUUUUUUCCAAAGAAAAUAUCGUUUCUUUAUUUGAUUUACAAGCUUCUAUAGCUUUUAUGGGAUAUCUGAGUUACCUUCUUCUUGCAUGGUAUCUCAUUCCUGGAAGAUGGAUUGAAGGAACUCAACUUCGAAAUGGAAGAAAGUUGAAAUAUAAAGAAAAUGGAUUUCGUAGCAUGUUAUUAACACUAUUUAUAAUUGGAUGUACUAUAUUAAUUAAAGGACAUGAACCUUUAUUAUUUAUUUUUGAUCAUUUUAUUGGAUUAAUGUCAUGUUCAAUUAUCGUUUCCUUCUUGGUUUCUCUUUAUGUUUACUUGGUUUCCUUUCAAGAAGGAAAAUUAUUAGCCCUUGGAGGGAAUUCCGGAAACAUAAUUUAUGAUGUAAGUUCUUUUGAUAUAAAAUAUUUUGUAGAAUUAAGACCCGGGAUAACCGGAUGGAUAAUCAUUAAUAUUGCAAUGGCGGCAAAACAAUAUCACGAACUUGGAUAUGUUACAUUGGGAAUGAUUUUGGUAUUAAUCUUUCAAGGAUGGUAUUGCAUUGAUUCGGUAUAUAAUGAACCAGCAGUUUUGACCACAAUGGAUAUAACAACGGAUGGAUUCGGAUGGAUGUUAUCAUUUGGCAACAUUACUUGGGUAGCAUUUCUUUAUCCUUUGCAAGCAAGAUAUUUAGCUUUGAGGCCAAAACAUCUUUCUUGGAUGGAAAUUGUCAUUAUUGUAUCUCUUCAAGCUAUUGGUUACGGUAUUUUUAGAGGCGCUAAUAAUGAAAAGAAUGCGUUUAGAAAUAAUGCAAAUGAUCCAAAACUGAAAUAUUUAGAAUAUAUAACAACCGAAUCUGGAUCAAAAUUAAUCAUCUCAAGUUGGUGGGGUAAAGCAAGGCAUAUUAAUUAUUUAGGUGAUUGGAUAAUGGCAUGGGCUUGGUGCUUGCCUUGUGGAUUUGAUGAUAUAUUUCCAUAUUUUUAUGUAAUUUAUUUUGCGGUAUUACUUGUUCAUAGAGAGUUAAGAGAUGAAGAAAAAUGUAAAAAGAAAUAUAAAAAAGAUUGGGAUAGAUAUUGUGAUAUUGUUAGAUUUAAAAUCAUACCUGGUAUUUAUUAA